GUGUGAAAGUAGCAGCCUCAACUGUUGCCCGGACCAAGCCAUUCAGCAUCCACAGUCCAGACAGAGAGGAGGGAGAGCGCGCACAGAGCACAAAGUGGGAGCAGGGGUGGACCAUUUGCGUAAAACCUUUCCAAGUGUGGAUUGCUUUUGGCGCGUCAUUUAAUAGAUUGGAUCUUUUUUUUUUUUUUUUGUACUUCUUCUGUUUGGAAAAUUGACACUGAAUUCAUCUCAAUAUUUUGCUGACAGCAUGAAUUCCUCACACCUGUUCCUGUUGGCAGUUUUAAGCUGCAUCCUGGCUGCUGCGUUGGUUACCGGGGACCGGAGUUUCCUCCAACUCUCACCGGAUCCAAGUGACCUGGAUGAGGACGUGGUCUACCAGCAUAUGAGCAGACUGUACGACAAAUGCAGCAGGGGGCACAGUCUCAAAGAAGGGAACACUGUCAAGAGUUUCAGAGCCAGCCAAGACUCUGCAGAUGGCAGGAUGGUGUACCGGCUCAAUCUUACAACCCUACAGGACUCGGAGGUCAUCCUCUCUGCCACAUUCCACUUCCUGCUUGAUAAGCACUCGCAUCCAAAACCCUGGUUUUGUAAACGUUUCAAGAGCCCAGCAUGUCGCUCCACAGCCAAGCUCCAUUCUCCGUCCAUCAGCUUGUUACUUCGCUCCGUCUCUUCUAAGCCAGAGGUCAGAUCUGGGUCAAAGGGGUCACUUCUGGGCAAUGUGACCUUCCACCCCCACAGGAGAGGGGUGUGGCAGAUGAAAGAUGUGACCCAGGUCAUUAAGGAAGCACGAGACAGGGGUCAACUGCUGGUGUCAGUUGAAAUGGACUUAGGGCAGCAGUACCACAAGCAAGCAGAGGAGAUGCACUCUGCUGAUCGCGUGCCCUACCUGUUACUGUAUGCUGAUGACCAAGCCUUAGCAGAACCAAACAGCGUGGCUGCAAGCCUGCAGAGAUAUGACCCGUUCAACGAGGGAGCAGAACUUCACAAGCCUAACUCCUCAGCAAAGCUGAAAGGACGUGUGAGGAGGGAAUCAAAUCUGCUUUCGGACCCCAUUCAGAACAACGAGCUGCCUGAGGCUGAAUACAAACCCAGUGGAUAUAGGAAGGAUGAGCUGUGGGAAAGUGAUUUGUACCUUGCACUAAAACCCAAAUUUAAAGCAGAAAUGAAGGGGAAAAAGAGAAAGACCGUGAAUCAACCUCAAAUUCUGAACAAAGCAGAAAGAACGCAGCUGAUCAAAAAUGAUCUAACAGCUAAAAACCUUAAAGACGCACUCUUUGUCGGCGAGAGGAGAAAGAACGAGCGGCGAAAUGAGGGAAAGAGACACAAGGGGAGCGCUAACACUCGCUCACCCAUUCUGCGUUUUGACGAACAAACAAUGCGUAAAGCCAGGAGGAGACAGUGGGGGGACGUUCAGGACAGACGGUGCUCCAGGAGGAAUCUCAGAGUGGAUUUUGAAGAUAUUGGCUGGAGCGAGUGGGUCAUAGCUCCCAAGGCCUUUGAUGCCUACUAUUGUGCUGGAACGUGUGGUUUCCCCAUGCCACAGGUGGUACGGCCAUCUAACCACGCCACCAUCCAGAGCAUAGUACGAGCCGUGGGGAUCAUCCCUGGGAUUCCCGAGCCCUGCUGUGUCCCAGAAAAUAUGAAUCCUCUGGCUGUGCUCUUCCAGGAUGAAUCCAGGAAUCUGGUGCUUAAAGUGUACCCAAACAUGUCUGUCCAGUCCUGCUCCUGCAGAUAGAAAGGUUGUAAAGGAAAUAAAGAGAGGGUGUUUUUGAAUAUAAACUGAAAAU